UGUCCUUCCAAUCUAACUGAGCGUGCGCGGCUCCAGGAGCGUGGAGCGCGGCGAUCAGUGGUGCGCUGUAUCCCUUGGACACAGCGGAUCACCGAUCCACUGAAAGGCCAAAGACGUUGGCUCGCUCAUGUGAUCAGCUGUGUCCAAUCACAGCUGAUCGCAUGGGACAUGUACACUGAUCUUCAGGGCACUGAGCAUCAGUGUGUAGCCCCAGCAGUGCCAUCUGUCAGUGCCAAUCAAUGCCAGCUGUCAGUGCCCAUCAGUGCAUCAUCAAUGCCACAUAUCAGUGCCUACCAUGCCACAUAUCAGUGCCCAUCUGAGCUGCCUUUCAGUGCCACCUAUCAGUGCCAGUCAGUGCCACCUAUCAAUGCCAGUCAGUGCCACUUAUCAGUGCUGCCAUUCAGUGCCACCUAUCAAUGCUAGUCAGUG